AAUAUCAGUGCAUGCAUAUGUUAAACUAUAUAGAAAAGAAAUUUUUGAGAUCAUGAAAAAAAUAACAGAUAAAUGCUUAUCAAUGCUAGAAACUGCACAGAACCGUACACCUUAAUUUUCAACGGUAACAUUUCUAGGGUUAUCUGAAAAGCUUGGGCAUGGCCAGAACCGCUGAAGUGAAGAGAGAUGCUCGCAUCGGUGAAGCGGAAGCCAGAGCGGAAGCGACCAUCAAGGAGGCCAUUGCCGAAGAACAAAGAGUUGCUUCCGUUUUCCUGAAUGACACCGAGAUCGCCAAAGCCAGGCGUGAUUUCGAAUUAAAAAAAGCUGCAUACGAUGUCGAAGUUCAAACAAAGAGUGCAGAAGCCGAGCUUGCAUACGAAUUACAAGCAGCUAAAACGCGACAGCGUAUAAAAGAAGAACAAAUGCAGAUUCAAGUGGUUGAAAGAACUCAAGAGAUUGCUGUCCAAGAACAAGAAAUUGCCAGACGAGAACAAGAAUUGGAAGCAACUGUAAGAAGACCCGCAGAAGCAGAAAAAUAUCGUUUAGAAAGAUUGGCUCAGGCAAAUCAUAACAGGGUUGUACUGGAGGCCGAAGCCGAAUCCGAAGCGUUGAGAAUUAAGGGCGAAGCUGAAGCUUACGCAAUUCAAGCCAAAGCGGUAGCUGAGGCCGAACAAAUGGCCAAAAAGGCGGAAGCUUGGAAAGAAUACAAAGACGCUGCAAUGAUCGAUAUGUUCUUGAAUGUUUUACCACAGAUUGCUGCAGAAGUUGCUGCCCCAUUGUCUCAAGCGAAAAAAAUAACCAUGGUAUCAACAGGUAGCGGAGAAGUUGGUGCUGCCAAACUGACCGAAGAUGUUCUCAGUAUAGUUACCAAAGUCCCAGGACUCGUCAAGUCGAUGACAGGAGUAGACGUAAUGAAGUCAGUACAUGCGGCUGCUUAAGCAAGGGCUCCACCCAUAGAUGAAGCCAAAUCAUGCACAUGUCUGUAAUCUUUUAUGUAUGUGGGAAAAAAGCACAAAAAAGUCAUUACCUCUCUAUAAGAACGAGUAGUUUUGACAUUCCAAUAUUAGUUUUUUUAUUUUAAAAUACGCGUAUCGUCAAAGAAUGUGGUAUGUUAUGUAUACAGGGCAUGUGCAAAAAGUAGCUUUGCACGUCCUACGCCAAAAUAGAUGUAAUGUUAUUAUGUAUUUGUGGUUCGUAUAAAAUUAUAUUUGUAACUUUUAAUAGAUAUAAUUAAUUACUUGUUCUUUUAUCGGUAUUAUUAUUAUAUCAUUUUUAAAUUUGAUUUACUCAACAUUUUUAAAAUUAACAAUACAAUGUAAAUUUGUAUCAAUAAAUAAGCAGUAUUUA